UACACACAUGAGUAAAGCCACGGAGAUACGAGCUGUGUGUGGACUACUGCACCGUGAGCCUGGAAUCUUGCACUGACGCGGACAGAGUUAUGUACUGUACUCACCCUGUCUCUGGCACAGGAAACAACUCAUUGAUGUAUUGCUACAACAUGAAACCAGUUUAUGGGCAGUCUCCCACUAAUGAUGACAUCAACCAGAACUCAUCUUUGCAUGUGUCCAACAAGGCCCCCAGCAAUGUGUUUGCCAGUACCUUCUUCGAGGGUACGAGCAAUUCGCCCGACAUCUGGAAUGCUGUAAACGGGCUGAACCAGCAGGGCUAUGAAGGUGCACUGGGAGCAGCCACAACCCACCAAACGCAGGCAGGGAGCUACAGCAGCCUGCCUCCACCACACAGUCACCUGGACUACUCUCCACAUGCAGUGAUGGCAACGGAUAUGAACAGGAGUCUCCCACCAAUGUCCACUUUUCACCGCAAUACCACAGCACCGUGCACUUCAUCAAUGAACACAUCUGAAAAUUCAACAGUCUCAGGGAGUCAGGGAAAUGUGUCAGGAGGGUCACAGACAGGCGAUACCUUGGGUAAAGCUCUGGCCUCUAUUUAUUCCCCCGAUCACACCAGCAGCAGCUUCCCCUCCAGUUCAUCCACACCAGUAAGGUCUCCGUCCCCACUGCAGAGUGCAGCUGAGCCUGCAGGUACCAACAUGUGGCCUCGGAGUUCAGUUCAGGCACCAGUCUCCCCUCACUACGAGUCUUCACUUAUAUCUCUGUCUCAGGUGGAGGACCGGCUGGACAGACUGGAUGAUGUGAUCCACGUCCUGAGGAACCACGCUGUGGGCCCCACUGCCGGCCUGCUCACCGACAUCCACAGCGUGCUGAACCAAACCCACCAGAACCAGCCGGGAUCUGCCAGCACUCUGCCACUCACCUGUCACACUACAGCCAUGGUUGAAGCUGUCAGUAUGAACAACAACCACUCAGCCUUCCAGAGUCGCACACAAAACGGGCACCCAUACCCACCCAGACAGAGGCCCACACUGCAGCCAAUGCAAGGUGCAGGCAGAGGAGGUCUGGGAGUUCAGGGUAGCCUGGAGCUGAAGAUUGAGAAUGGAGAGAGAGAGGAGAUGAUGCACACCAGCCACAGUCACAGCUCUGACAGCCAGCGAUCAGAUGAGGAGGGUGAUCUCAAAACACAGGGAGAAAACGGCAGUAACAGUAUCCAUGAGGACGAGGACCUUAGCCCUGAGCAGAAGGCUGAACGUGAGCGUGAGAGACGGAUGGCCAACAACGCCCGUGAGCGUCUGCGCGUGCGGGACAUCAACGAGGCAUUUAAGGAGCUUGGUCACAUGUGUCAGCUGCACCUGAAGAGCGAGAAGCCACAGACCAAGCUGCUGGUGCUGCACCAGGCCGUGGCCGUGAUCCUCAGCCUGGAACAACAAGUCAGAGAGAGGAACUUGAACCCGAAGGCAGCGUGUCUGCGGAGGAGAGAGGAAGAGAAGGUGUCUGCAGUCAUGACAGAUCCACAGUCCAUGCACCUAGCUUUCCACCCGGGUUUGACAGACCCUGCAAACCCCAUGGGCAACCUCUGAAAGUGUGGUAAUGACAGCUUCAAAUCCACCAACAAAUGUUGACUGAAGAGCAUCCAGCUGUUGUAGAAAUCCAGCAUUUCUCCUGAAUGAAGAGAGGUGGUCUCUCCGUUUGUGCUGCAGUUGAACAAUCAUCUCCUCACUUCCCCAAACGGACUUAAACUUUGUGCCUAAACUUUACUUGUACAACUGACGAAUGCAUUGUAAGCUGCGGGUGUUUUUUGUACAUAUUUUGUAUAUUUAUUGAUUCUCUGUUUCUCGAUUAUAUCUGAAAGGAUGAAGCCCAGUAGUGACAAUGUGUCAUCUGCAGUUUGAUUUUUGGCCGAGCCAGAUCAGUUACUGACUGACUUUUACAGUUUAUCACAAUUUUAACAGGUAUGCUUGUUAUUUCUCUGAGCUCAUAGCACCAACAUUCCCACAUUCGUGUGUUCAGACUAUGGAUUUCAUUAGUCUUGUGGUAUGUAUGUUUGUAUGUGCGAGUGUUGCAGGAGUUUGACCAUUCUGUGAAUGAACAGAUCUCCAAGAACGUUCUUUAACAAGUGGGCGUCAGCUGUUAUUUGUAUAUUUGUUACAAAUCUGUGUUCUAGCACUGUUAACAAGGUCACACUCUGGUGGACAGAGUCUCUCGUCUUCUCAGUGUGACUGUUGCUCUUCAGACUUAGUCAAAGCUCUUUGCAUGUUUGAGUUUUUAAUAGAACAUUAAAUGUUUUUUUCUAAGUUAUGUAACUUAUCUUUUAUACAAAUAUUGUGACUUAAAUGAUGUCUAUAUUUACUUUUGUGGCUCUGAUUUUACAGAAGAAAACCCUCUUUGUGCAGUUUGACUAGACGUGAACACAUUUCAUGCUCUGAGCAAUACAGUAUUACAGAAUAAUGGAUGUCUUGUUUGAUUAUCCCACAGCUAAAUAAUAAUCAAAAUACUCUUAUCAUGACAUGUAAAGUAUGUGUACAGUUUGAAGUAGCCUACAGGCAUGUGUCAAAAUGAAAA